UCACCACCGCCUCCUUCCGACUGGGGAUAUUACCAAUGGCAUCGCAUCCUGAACAUAACCUGCGCAGCCCGUCGUAAACGAACGAAGCAGCGCAGCCUGCUCUUCUUGAAACCCCUCUCCCGACCUUCAUCCCCAUAAUCAACACCACCCGCCUAGUCGUCUUCGAAUGGAUUUCCUUGAACGGUUCAAGGAAGGGGUUGCGAAGGUUGUUCCCGAACGCAGCAGCAAUAGACCCCCACCCGCUGCUCUAGGCAUAGGAAGUGCUGGAGUGGGCCACGCUCCAUUCGAGGAGGAUAUGAUCAUUUCCAAACCAAUGAUUGUCUGCCACGCCCUGCAGAUAUUUUUCAACUUCCUGGCCAUGUGCUGUUUUGCAAGUGUGGCAGCAUUCCAGGCAAAAUGGAAGAUAGGAGUCUCUGGACUCUCUGGCUUGGCGAUCUUUCUGUCACUCAUGGGAAUAUUCCUUCCUCUCUUCAUGCUACUCGUCCCUGUUGCAUAUGAGAAAUAUGACAAAGCCAUUCGCCUGGCCCGGGCUUUGAGAGAAGUGCGAGUCGGGUUCAUCCUGAAUGGUUCUGGGACUGCUUUUGCGUUGCUCAUUGCAUUUUCGACGAUCAUCUCUGCGUUUACCGAGCCGGGAUGCAUCAAUCCAUCCAAGGACCCCCACGAAAAGCUUGGAGACCAAUUCAAGAAGGAUCUUGGUGGGUGGUGCAGCACCAAGAAGGCUGGGUCGAUCUUCUUCUUGGGUGCCUUCCUGGUGUGGCUGGGUUCUUUAGCUUUCCUGUUUCGCGAUUGGCGGUCCGGGAAGUUGCACAGCGGUGCACGGGACCCUCCAUUCACGCACCCGACGCAGGAAGCAACUGAGUACGAAAUGGAUUAUGACCCUGACGACGAAGAGUAUCAACAUGUAUCGGGACCUCGCCAAGGCGGUGUAUCGGGAUCCCCAUCCGCCUACGACCCUCCAUCCAGUGCUGGAAACCCAUUCUCCGAUACCAACCGGUACUCUACUCCGGCACCCGCUGGACGACCGAGCAUGGAUGCAUAUGGAGCAUUCUCUGAUCCAGCGCCGUCGGGUUUCUCCCCAGCCGCGCCACGAUUCGGCGGACCACCUGUGAUCCCCGAGCAAGACCUGGGCCCACAGGUGAGUCGGACAAUGCAAUACGCCGACCCGUAUGCAGCGGUCCGCGCUUCUAUCCACAGUGGUCCCACUGGCAGCCAGCCGGCCAACUACGACAGCGGUUACACGGGCUAUCGAUGA